AUGGCGACGCUGAAACCGAAGAUGACGGUGGCUGCGGUGCGUGGUCGCAUCAUCGUGAUGAGUGAAGACGGUGAGCGCAUUGGGGCGUGGGGUGGCACGGAGUGUUUCCUAUCGAGGCAGACAGGGCUGGGCCCCUGCCUCGUUGUGCGCUCAAGUCGCCACAGGCGCCACGAGGGAACGUUCUUCCAGCUAACCGGGCUGCAGCGCGUGCUGGCGACGUACGCAACAGAGGGGAAGCUGACUGUUGUCAUGCCGCACGAGCGGAGGGUGUGCAGCGUGUUCAUCGAGACAACUGCGGAUGUGGACGCGCUUCGGAUUAUGGCCGCAGUGCUGCAGGACCGAUCCCAUUGGAAGGAGAUUGAGAAAAAUGUGGCGUGCAAAAAAGGACGCGAGGCGCGUGCCUCAGGGGCGAAGGGUGGAGACCUCCGCGAUCCAAACGCCUUGGGCAUGCCGGAUUGGAAUAACAACGACGACGAUGAUGAUCAGGAAAACAGCGGCGAUGAGAUAGACCACCAGUCGACGGAAAGAACGGUGGAAGCGGCAGCGGCAGAAACAGAGGGGUUGCCGCCAGCAGCGCCGUCAAUACGGGGCGGCGCCCCUGUGGCGCCAUCGCCCACAACCGCCGUCUCGUCGUGGGGGGCGGGGCGCAGCGAUGCAGUAGAAGCCGCACCUCAUGGAAUGCUAUGGGCAGCAGAUCAACUGCGUGCGAUUCAGCUGAUCCGCGCCGGGCGGAGUGUUUUUGUGACGGGCUCUGCCGGCACCGGUAAGACGGCGUGGCUGUUGCACGUCGUGGACCGUGUUCUGACACGCGGCGAGGGGACUGUGGUGACGGCCACAACGGGUGCUGCCGCACGACUUCUUCGCGGCUGCACGCUUCACUCCUUUGCGGGGAUUGGUAAGGGCGAGGGAACACUCGAGAAGGUGCUCCACCGUGUGAAGAGCCGCCCGGAGGUUGUGCGGGCGUGGCGUUCCUGCGAAACGCUCAUCAUUGACGAGAUCGGCGUCCUUCCUGCAGCUGUCUUCGCUGUUCUUGACGAGGUUGCGCGGUGCGUGCGAAAGGUACCCGAGAAGCCCUUCGGUGGGAUUCAACUCGUCCUCCUCGGUGACUUCCUGCAGCUGCCGCCUGUCGUCGCCCGGGCCACCAACGCCGGCGGCAGCGGGCAGACACCGAAGUGGUGCUUUGAGUCCCCGCUUUGGGACAAACUGCAGCUUGUCUCGAUUGAAUUCCGCAAGAACUACCGCCAAGAGGGCGACCCUGCGUUCGAGGCAUGCAUGGAGGACAUCCGCUACGGCCGGUAUACGCGGCGUGUGGAGCGACUCAUGUCGGCGUGUCUCAGUAAUCGUCUGGGCGAGCGCUACGGCGUUGAGCCAACGAUGAUCAUGGCGCGUCGUCAGGACGCCGCGGCGUACAACACAGAGCGGCUGCAGCAGCUGGACAACGUUGACUUCCACCGGUAUGCCUCUGAGGACUACGCAUCGACGCCCGGCACUGACCUGGACAAAGAGGUAUCGCUUCCGCCGCUGCUGGAGCUUCGCGUAGGGGCGCAGGUGGUGCUACUCGCCUCUUUGCCGGACGCGCCGCACCUUUCGAACGGUGACCUCGGUGUUGUUGUUUCCUUCUUGGAGCAGGCACACGGCCCUGCGCUACCUGUGGUGUGUUUCGCGAGCAGCAGCGGUGAGGAGGUGGUGGUGCCACGCGUGCGGAUGGAGGUGCUCUCCGCAGACGGCCUGAUCGCAGCCUCACGCUUGCAGGUGCCGCUGCAGCUGGCGUGGGCGCUGACGGUGCACCGCGUUCAGGGCAUGACGCUGCCAAUGGUACGAGUGAAGCUCGACGCAAGUUUCUUCGAGUGCGGUCAGGCGUACGUCGCACUCACGCGGGCGCGCCGACAGGAUGAUGUUGCUAUCACGCGUUUCGACCCUAGUGCCAUCCGUGCUGACGCAAGGGUGGUGGCGUUCUACGAGAAGCUCUUUCCUCGCGGGCGGCAACAGCAGAAUGACGCGGACAGCGAACUUGUGGAGGCGCAGCGUGGCGGGAAGCGACAGCGUUCGCCGCCUGCUGUCCUGCAUGGCGACAGCAGCAGCAAUGGCAAGAGCACGCAGUGGACGGAUGAGCAACUCUUUGACAGCCAACUGGAAGACCGCAUGUCCCUGGCAGUACCGCCACAGCCGGUGACGCGCAGCGCUUUGAGGUUAUUUGCUGCGACCAAUAGUCUUAUUCCGCAGCUCACGCAAGAGAGCGAAACUGCGGACUCAACGCAGCCCCUCCAGCUACCCGUCUCGCAGCGUACAUUGCUAAUGGACGAUGAAUAA